CACUGUUUCCAUUUGUUUAUGUUGUUUUGUGAAGUCAUUUGUUAGAUGAUGGAAAAUACAUUUAUUAAUUAGAAAAUUGCUUUAAUUCAUUUAUAAAUUUAAAUGGCUCCUCAGCCGGUUGUAACAGGUCUCUCACCGAAAGAAGGUCCACCAGGUACCCGUGUAAUCAUACGUGGUGAGUUCUUGGGCACUAGGGCCACCGAUCUCAUUGGCCUGAAAAUUUGUGGCUCCGAUUGUUUACUGUCGGCGGAAUGGAAGUCACCCAACAAAAUAAUUGCACGAACAGGUCCUGCGAAGGGUAAAGGCGAUAUUAUUGUGACAACUAUUAGUGGUGGUGAGGGCACAUCAACAGUACAAUUUCGUGCGUAUCACGAAACUAUUGGCCCUUUAAAAGAGUCAGCCGUGUGGAUAGAAGAAUCGCCAUCGCAAAAUUUUGCUUGGGGCCGUCGUACAUUGGCGCAAUCAGUACUGACACAAGAAGAUCCACUUGGUUUGUCUAUUGAGGGAAAUGAACAGAAAAUACCAGAAGACUUGAGAGACUUAUUUCCGGAUGCUAGUGGGGAUUUAUCGCAAGAGAAUUUUUCACCUUCAUGGUUUUUGCUUGAAAACCAUUCGGCCACAUCUUUUGAAGACUUGAAAGCUGGUUUAGCAUAUUUAAAACGGAAAGUAGAAAGUCAAAAGGAAGGCCAGUUGUCGUUCUUAAAAUCGAACGCUGGAUCAGUUAUUGAUCAAUUGGAUACAUUGAUGAAUAUAAAAGAUAAAUUGCAAGAAGAUACGCGUAUCUUUGGUACAGAGCCAUUGAAUGUGUUGGAGAGCUCAAUAGAGAGUUCCAUCUCCGAAUCACAAAAUAUUUUCACGGAAGUGUUGCUAAGAAAGGAAAAGGCAGAUUCAACUAGAGCUGUACUCUUUGCUCUCUCUCGUCAUAAAUUUCUAUUUUGUUUACCAAACUCGGUAGAACGUCGAGCACAGGCUGGCGAAUAUGACAUUGUUGUAAAUGACUAUGCACGUGCUAAAAAUCUGUUUGGGAAAACAGAAAUUCCUAUGUUCCGCCGCGUACUGGAGGAAGUGGAUCAGCGCAUUUUACAAAUAAGAAAGCAGUUACAUGAAAAAGUUGUGAAAAUGCCACAAAGUGUGGAACAACAAAAGAAACUUAUAAAAGCGCUAACUAGUCUUGAGGUACAACAAAGUGGCACCAGCAUUGGUGAUCGUAUGCGUAAUGUCGAUCCUGCAUGGGAUGCCAUAGAGGCGCGUGCUAAGUAUUUGGAACACACCUUUAAACAAACAUUUGAACAAUACGCUUCUAAGGAGAGUGGCGCACAAGAAAAAACAAAAAAUCGGGAGAACUCAAAUCAGCCGCAUAGUCGUGUGCUAUUUUGUGAGGAAAUUUGCGACAUAGCCGCAUCGCAGCUGCCGGAUUUGUGGCGUUUAGGCCAAUUAUAUUUUACCGGUGAGCUACGAGGUGCACAUGAUCCCAAACCUGGCGAUUUUAAGCGCAUGGUUUUGAAUGCAAUUGAGAAAUUCUGCGCAUACUUGCGUGUUGCAGUACUUAUCGCUUCGGAUUUGCGUGCAUUGCGUCAAACAACUGGACUCUCCUGGCCCAUCGGCUCGUCAUCGGCCACUCAUCAGUUUCUCCCCUGGAUAUCCCAAUGCCUACGAUAUACGCGCAUCACAUACGCGACUCUAAUACGACUGGAUUUGCCUUCAGAGGCAUUGGACAUAAUACAGAAAUUAAUCGAUGAAAUACGCAUAUUCUGCUUUUCAAUAACAUUCAAACGCGCCACAGAUCGCUGCAAGAAAUUAGGCGAUCUAGAAACUUGGGACAUGGAUGUAGAAGACUUUCCAGGCGCCACAAUGUUGCCGAACUGUUUGGAAAAAUUGCUAGUGGAGACGUUAGAUGAGGCGCAGAAUGCCUGUAUGAAUCCAGAAAUUAGGGAAGGAAAUUUGCUGGAACCCCAAUCCGAUGGCCAGCGUGAGGUGUCACAACGCCUACAAGAAUUCUUAUCAACAUUUUGUGGUGUUAUUGAAGAAUUGGCCUACCAGUCACACGACGAGGAGACACCCACUCACAAUGUUUCACAACUAAUUGGCUAUCCAAAUGUACAACAAAACGCCCUACAGUCCGGGCGAUUUUGGAAUUCCAGCGUUAUUACUUGGGAGCAACGCAUGCUUUGUUGUCUUGCUAAUUGCGCAUAUUGCAACAAAAGCUUUUUUCCACAUGUGGGAGAUGUAUUUGUAAAAUAUGGUUAUCCGCUACCCACGCUAGCAAUUGAAACUUCACGCUAUUCCGUUAAUCAAUUAUUUACAAAUCUCUUAGACGCCUAUGUUGAACAUAAAGUGGAUCCGCUAGUUGGUACUAUAGAGCCGUCAAUGUAUUUGGGUCGCUUUCAAUGGGAUCACGAAAUGGAAAUCGGCAAGUUGCGUCCAUACGCACACGAAUGUUGUGAUAAUUUAGUAGGCGUUUACUCUGAGAUAUAUACUAUAUCACCGGCACUGCUACGUCCAAUCCUCGAACCGAUUGUCUUGACCGUUUCUGAGGAGUUGGCACGUUUGAUGAGUUGUGUGCAAGAAUUUAGCUACACUGGCGCUAUACAAGCUAAUGUGGAUAUACGUUUGAUAAGGGACGCUUUAAAAUUCUAUACCAACGAAACUGGGAAAAAUUAUUUUCUUGAAGCUUUGGAGGCUAUAAAACCACCGCUAAAUGCGGAACAGUUGAAGAAGAGUGAUGAAAUAUUGGAGCGAGUGAAAACUUGCAUGAAACUACAGUUAAUGUGCUUUGCUGUAAAAGAACCAUAAAUGUAUUUCACAUAAAAUAAUGUUUAAUGCCUAUAAAAAAAAAUAUAUUAUUUAACGUUAAAAUUAUGCGAAUAUUUAUUCCGAUAUGACUCAAACAUAUAAAAUAAUAUGCUUAAUAUAUUAACAUAUACAUAUAUACAU